AACAGCGCUAUUUUCAAAGAGAGAGUCUUCAUCAUCAUCCAGCCGCUUGAUGGCAGCGAACACACAGAUGCGCAUAGUAAUCAAGUGUCUUGUUGAGCGAGACAACAAAAUGGCCGAACUGAUGGCGAUGCAUUGCUCACCACCAUCGAAAAAACAAAAAAGGCAGAAUGUUGUCAAGGAUUCAAUUGAAAAACUGGGAGAAAGAUUACCAUUAGUUCAAAAGGCAGUUAAGUCAUUAUCAGAAGGGAGUUUUAACGCAUUAUUCUUUCUGAAAAUGAAAACAUGCAACGGUUGUACCGGAUUCGGUGUUCGGUUCUCUGAUGCGUUCUGCGAAACAGAAUCGUUGCAAGAAGAAUUCUACCCGUUUUAUUCACUUUUUACCAAAGGGACUACUAUGCUUUAUAAUUGUUUGAAAGACCCGAGUCAUGUUGAUUCCUUGGAUGAAAUAUCAAGAAUAUUACUUGCAAGACUGUUUACGUUUUUAACGGACAAAGAUGCUUUAACAUUCGUCAAAGAAUUGGAAAGGAAAAGCUGUGGAAAAUUAAACGAGGAAGCUGAGAUAACAGUAGCAAUGGCAGAACAUGUGUUUUCCAAAUUAGCUUUGAGAAACAGAUAUACUGUUGAUAAAACAUAUAAAAAGCAUGGAGUAAUCAGUGGCUUAUGUCAGUGUGGAUGUGACACAGAUAUUAAAUGCAGACUUGGGGAUACCAGCUUAGGUGAACCCAGUGUUUGGCACGGGUGUCCUAACAUCAUCCUUAGCCAUGGUGAAGAACAAGUACCAGUAUUGGUUUCAGGAGAUACCGAAAUCAGUCAAGGAAGUAAAUCAUCGGUCGAAGUGAAAUCUAAACAUCUAAACUAUAAUGAGGUCAAACACCAGAUGAUUGCACAAGCAAUAACAUUUUCUUUCCUUCAAAAGAAACGCUUUCCUAGUUCCAAGAAUUCUCUUGUUCCUGCUAUUGGUGUAUCUCCAAAAGAAGUUAUUUUCUUUUUUUAUGACUGCAAAGAAGAUGUUCUAAUGCAGAGUGUGAAAAUGCCUUUACGCUCUGGCAAAGGAGUACGAUAUUCCACCUUGAUAGCCAUAUGGCUUGCUGUGAAUUACAAAUAUCUGGGAAGUGGUCUGACAGGAAACCUACAAACAGCACCCAAAUCACAUUUUUUCAGUUUAGCCAAAGAAGUGCUACAUGUAUACAGAAAUGACUUGUCUAUGGGAGGUGUGAGCGGAUCUUAUGAAGAAGACACAGUUUAUCCUGAGGAAAUUCCAGAAGAAAAAAUUUGUUGGCCAAAAGAAAAACCGAAGUUUGAAUUUUGAAUUAGCAAAUACCAUUGCAAAUCUAAAAUAUCCAAUAUUCAACCAACGUAAUUCAAAAUAGUGCCUCAUUGUGGGGAAGAAAAGUGAGCUUAUGCCAACUUUUUCUUUCAAGUGACUUAUUUUAAAGUACCAAUGAUAAAGAAUGAUUAUAGAGGCAUGGUAUUCAAUAGCAGGCUGGGAUAUACAUGUAUCAGUUUUAUUCUUAAAAAUAAAUGCCAUUGUAAGAGAGAGGAACCUUCGUCCGCCAUUAUCAGACUUUCAGUGUUCCCAUAUCUGUGACAGGUCACAUGUUUCCCCACACUUAGUAAACAAAAACAAAAACACAAAUGUUAUCUUCAUAACAUCAGAUAAUAUUUAUUUCCAAUAACAAAUUAAUCAAAUUGCUGCAAAAAGAAUUCACUUUAAUAAUCUCUAAACUUUACAAUAAUCUCUAAACAUCAUUAAAAUAAUUUCUGAACAUUACUACAAUACUCUUUAUACUAAUAAAUGAUCAGAAACAAGAAAUAUACACAAAAAUAUGUACAUUGUACAUGAAACAAAA